AUCGCACGCUCUUCCAACCCCUGCUGUGUAUAUUAGGCCAAGUCCCCUCGUACCACCAUCACGCAUAUGCCUCACUCUGGCAUCAAGCGUGUUCGCGGCGCCUGUUCAACAUGCCGGCAUCGCAAGAUCCGCUGCGAUGCCGCUAUCUUGAACGGGCCGUGCACGAACUGUCGCCGGAAUGGCCUCCUCUGCGACCCUGCCAAAGCACCAAAGAGUGACCUGCCAAAAGGCUCAUCAAGUAUUUCUCUAGCAGCCGACCUGACUCCGCAUAUCUGUGCUAUUCAAGCAUCACGGGGGCGUGGGCAUCAGCCUUUCACAAACUAUCGCUUUAUCGCAACUCCUAAGGUACAAGGCCUAUGCCCAGAAGAUAUGGUGUGCUUGAAGGCGCAGAAGUCCCUCUAUCUUCCUAAUCCUUCCAUUUUGGAAAGCUUCCUGCAUCAUUACUUUCUCUAUGUGCAUCCUAGCAUGCCAGUCGUCGAUGAGGCACAGUUUUGGGGAAUAUACCAGCAAGAUGAAGAACAACCUUCCUCUACUCAACAAAUAUCACUUCUCCUUCUCCAGGCUAUGCUGUUUGCUGCGUCCAGCUACAUUCCAAUCGAGCUUUCGAGAUCUCUUGGCUAUGACUCAAUCGCCGCUACUCGCAAAUCCUUGUAUCGAAGUGCUAAGGCUCUCUAUGAUUUUGAUACCGAAAGCAACUCCGUCGAUAUCGCUCGCUCCGCCCUUUUACUCACUUAUCACAAUUCCAGCGUCAAUCAAUUGACCAACUCAACCUGGCUUUCCAUUGCAAUUCUCCAUGCACGAACGAUCAACGCUCAUACCUAUGCCACGCAAAACCAAACACGCAGCCAGGUCUACACUUUGAAGCGAAUAUGGUGGUCAUGCAUUGUCCGUGAUAGAAUUGUGGCCAUUGGAAUGCGGCGACCGUUGCAGAUUACUAAAGAACAAUUUGACUCUUCUCAAACAAUUAUUCAGCACACGGAUUUUGAAGAGGAGCUGUGUCGCUCGAAAGUAUAUGAUAAGCAGACGAAGCAGAAAUUAUGCGAUAUUUUCAUUGCACAGUGUCAACUAGCGGUAGCGAUGACCGACUCUGUCUCAAUUCUCUAUCCACCCUUCAAAAACAAGUCAACACUAUCCAUCGAUGACAUCAACCAGGAGCUCGCCAUGUGUGUCCACAGUAUUAACAGCCUCAAGAUAUGGGAAUUGAGCUACUUGAUGCCAAUCGAAGAAAGUCUCGUUAAUGCACAUGCUACGGUAAAACUUUAUACUCAUCUCACGUCCCUAUAUCACCAGUCAACACGUGUCGCUCUAUGCCAUUACAUGGCUCCCUUGCUGUUUCUUCGUCAUGAAUCUCGAUGGUAUACAAGCUAUAUAAUUAGCAUCAAUCAAAUUAAGAGUGAGUUGGUUGAUGCCGUCGCCACCGUCACAGCCAAAGUUCGUGAGGUCUGUACUGCUUGUAAUGUAUCCAAGGGCCAACUUCCUCUGAGCAUUUUGAUGAACACUAUUUUGCCUGCUUUUCUCCUACGACUGAACAUGCAGCUUUGUUCGUCCACGCCAUCUUUUUACGGUGAGUACCCAUCCUCGAUAUCACCGUACUCUUAUGAAGACAAUCAAAGCCUCAAGUGCUACCUCCAAAUUAUCGACACCUGUAACGUGAGAUAUGAUACCUCAUAUAUUGCGCACUGGUUUGAUCAGCUUCUCCGAAUGGCUACUGCGGUCAAGGUUCGAAUGUUGGCAGUACAAAAACGUUUCCCAGAGCAAUUACCACGCCUAACAGGAUCAUUUAUUGACUUGCUAGAGUAUCAGCCAAUGACCUACUUAAGCCUUGCAACCGCAAUUGAUGGCCUUUUCGCCACAGCAAAUGUUACCAUCGAGACGGCACAAGUGCUUUCCACUUUCCAAAGAGGGGUGAUUUUGGAAAGUGAACAUCAAAUCAUGAUCAGCAAUGAUCCAACUAAUUAUGAAUUACCAAAUUCGAGAAGCGAGCUUUCUACUCGUGUAUCCUCAAACAAAGAAGGAGAUUUUGAUGUUGCGCAAAAACAGGACUAUAUACAAUUGGUACAGGAUCUUCCAAUCCUUGGUGGCUAGAUAACAUCCUACGUACCCAGAAUAUGUGUAUUCCAUCUGAUUGGACCUUGCAUAUUUGUCAAAUACAAUAACUCACUGAAAAGCCAACGCGAUUGUGGCUUCUCGGGCUUCUCUAUUUAGUUCUCCUUGGCUUGUUUGCCCUAUUUGUUAACCAGUGUUUAUAAGAAAUUAUGGCGACUACGAUAUAAUUGGCCGUUAAGAAGCAGACCUGUACCAGAGCGAACAUUUAAUUAAUGCGGUAUCGUGCCAUACAUGUUUGGGUCACUAGCACCAGUUGAGGUUAGGUAUGACUGUUUAUUUCCUCUCGAUAGCUAUAUAGC